AUGACCGCACCUUUAGAGAAGGGGCAUUCAAAUGCUUCUGCAAAAGUUAUUUUACGAAUCAGAUAUGAAUAUGAAGUACGAAUCGGAUAUGAAUAUGGAGUACGGAUUGAAUAUAAAUAUGAAGUACGAAUCGGAUAUGAGUAUGAAGUACGAAUUGAAUAUAAAUAUGAAGUACGAAUCGGAUAUGAAUAUGAAGUACGAAUCGAAUAUGAGUAUGAAGUACGAAUUGAAUAUAAAUGUGAAGUACGAAUCCGAUAUGAAUAUGAAGUACGAAUUGGAUAUGAAUGUAAAGUACGAAUCGAAUAUGAAUCUGAAGUACGAAUCGAAUAUGAAUCUGAAGUACGAAUCGGAUAUGAAUGUAAAGUACGAAUCGAAUAUGAAUCUGAAGUACGAAUCGGAUAUGAAUAUGACGUACAAAUUCAAUAUGAAUAUGAAGUACGAAUCGAACUUGAAGCGCGAUUAAAGGAAAUAAAAUAA